CAUCAACCUCUAUUGACAUUUACCCCAGAUCGGACUUGGGCUGUUACAAUACUCAAUAUGGAGUUUGAUAACACGAACAUCUCCGAAGGAGAUCUCACACGGCUACUACCCACUUGCCAAAGAUGCCGUCGUCUGCGAAGAAAGUGCGACACGAAUCUGCCAGCCUGUCGAUUGUGUCAGAAGGGAAAGGCUGAGUGUACCUUUUUUGACCACGCGCUGCAGCAAACAUUGCCUCGAAGCUAUGUCCAUUCCCUGUUGAAUCGUUUGAGUCGACUACGGUCCGUACAAGCGACGGUGAAUGGAUCUGCGGAACCGCUGGACACAUUCCACAUUGGCCAUCACGAACACACGACUUCUACAACUUCAUCACACCUUGACAAUCAACCUCAACAAUGGGGUACAUAUACCAGCGACCUAUCCUUCGACAAGCAUUUUAUAAUCGAUCAUGCCAAUCCCACUUGUUGGCAGUUUCUAGGCAGCAGUUCCCCGUAUGCUUUGGUGGUUGAGGUGCUUGUCCACGCUCAGGCAAAACUCGGCCCAAUGGUUCAUAAUCCAGAUUAUGCCGGGCCUGAAUUUUGGCUGAAUGCUCAAAGCACAGAGGUUGCAGAGCCGGUGCAGCCACGGGCGACACCAUCUCGGUCAGAGAUUGAAAUGUUGGUCGACUUGUACAUGACAACCACCAAUGUUAUGACGGCUUUCUUCGACCCCGAUGACAUUGCGCUCGAGGUUGAUACCUAUUUACGCCACCACGGAACGGCAGUAAAGUACCUCACUGGCAAGGAUGCCCACCAGUUCUUCCGUGUCUCUAUGAUUUGCGCUAUCGCCUCAGCAAACAAGGCAAGACACCAUUCGGCCUAUGAUACCGAGUCAAUGGCUUAUUAUUCGGAGGCGUUGCAGUGUGUGGAAGAAGUCACUUCAGAUGUAUCUGUGGACGCACUGCAGGCUUUGUUACUGCUCAUAUCUUUCGGCGUCUUUCAUCCCAGAAAAGGUGAUAUCUGGAAACUGUUGGACUUCGCAUGCCGGUUGAGCGUGGAACUAAACUUCCACACCGAGCCCAAUGAUGACUACGAAGAUGAAAAGAGCAAAAAGAGACGCAGAUCUAUAUUCUGGGGCUUGUAUUGUAUCGAAAGAUCAAUUGCGCAACACCUUGGACGACCAUCAGAUCUGACCGAAGAGAUCAUCACAGCAGAAUAUCCAGCCACCUUGACAGAGUCCACGACUGCGGAUUCCUCGUCAUUCCAAUUGAUUCUGACCUCGCAUUUCUACCGUCUGAUCUAUCUCCGCUCCGAAAUCUUUCGAGAGCUCUACUUACCAGCUCUAGCCCCUAAUUUAUCGCGUCUGUGGUAUGAACAAAGUCUGGAACAGAUUCUGUCAUGGAGACGAGAACUACAUUUUCUCGACUCGUCAAUUGGUAUGGGUAGUAUGACAUGCGAGAUUAAUUUCGACACUUCUAUCCUGUUCCUAUUCCAGCCGUUAUUACUACGUGCGUUGGCAGCUACGAAGGAACCUAUGCUGGCUCACGAAAUGACAGAGAUCAUACCUCGCGAGAGCUAUCACUCUGCUGUCAAGGUGGUUGAGUUCUACAACAAAAUUCUGCGUGGUGCUGAGGGUACUCCCUGGGGUAUGUAUCCCGUCACCAUCACCUCAGCACACUACAUUCAUCAAGCCACAAUCACCAUCAUGGCUCAUUGUUUGCUUGCCAUCGAUGGACGACUGCCUGUGGUGAGUUUCUCGCGAGAACUGAGCGGGGAUGCCGAAGGCCCGGUGGAUUUCAAUGGCAUCCACGAGAUCUCCGGAACGUGCUUGAUCCUACUAAAUACAUUGUCCAAACGAUGGGCUGGCAUGGUCGGCAUACUGGAUAUCUACAAAAGCUUACAGUCAAGGGUCCUACCCAUCAUGAUGCGGAGCGGCCUCGGUUAAGGGACAUGUGGCAUCAAGGCCCAUCAUGGCAGCCUUUCAAGUUUCUCGUCCUCCUACAAUCCGGCUGCAGGGCUUGAUAUUGACUCGAUCUUGUCAACCUCAGUUUAGUGUGAGGAAACCAGAGAUGUUACGCUUACUAGAAUCUGUUGUCACACGCAGGAGAAUUUUAGCAAAGGAACUGGGGAUCUUCGAAAUCGGUUUUCUUACGAUCCACUGUGGCGUUCUCAUUUGGCUGUAACUGGGGAAGACUAAGCUUCUUUGUUCAAGGGAAUUGCGGUGUGUAAACAUGGGUACUUUGCCAGGAAUAGCCGCACAGCAGCGAGGUAUUCACGAGCGAUGUGAUCGAGCUGGUUGUGAAUACACUUUAUCGAAGGCUCAUCCAACAAUUGGCAUUUGGGCCAACAGCAUGCUUUCCUUAAGCGAUCAAUCGCAUCGUCGUUGGCUUUAUUCCUGGUUCGUCAAACAGAAGACAGGCCUUCACAACUGCUUCGUCCAUGGCUCCAAACGCAUAUCCUCGUCGACUUCCGUGCCAGGCUCCGAGGGUAAUCUUGAGGACCUGUUCAAUAUCCAGAUUAUCACAAAACUUUCCUUUUACUUUGCUGGCUGAAGGCCCUCAUCGAUCCAAAUACAAAAGGCCUCAUCCACCCAGGCAGAAACGGUAGAGGAUCAGGGAGAAAAACGAAGAGAAUUCAUAGCGUCCUCCAUACAACCAAACAACUUCAGAGCACGCCCUCAGUCCGUCACUCACCUUCACAUCACAGCCAAGCUCGAGUGUGAUAAUUGCUUCAGCGGAAGCCUUCAUACACAACCAAUUGAAUCAGUAGAGGUUGAUCCCUUUGGCGCACCAUACGCAUUACUGACUUGAGAAAACCAGGCUCGCUCCAAAUCAAGCCAUGCCCGUUUGUACA